CUUUCUUUUGGGGUUUGUAUUUUGUGUGUAUUGUAUGUAUUUCAGGGCUGUAAAAGAGACCAUGGUUUCAGUAUGACUCCCUGGUAAAAUAAAUAAAUGCAAGGACACACAGACCUCUGAUCGUUUAGCUGUAGUAGUCGUACUAAUCAUAUUGUGAAAUGUCUCCCCCUGCAGGUUGUGGAGUGAAUGACUCUCCAGUAGGCCUGGCUGCUUACAUACUGGAGAAGUUCUCCACCUGGACUGACUUCAACAACAGGGACUUGGAAGAUGGGGGGCUGGAGAGGAAGUUCACCCUGACCAGCAUCAUGAUCUACUGGACCACCACUGGCUCCAUCGUGUCCUCCAUGAGGUUCUACAAGGAGAACUUAAAGACCAACAUUGACAGACUGGAUAAUAAUACGGGGGUGUAUGUGUUCCUACAGGCCUGGCUGCGUUCCCCAACGAGCUAAUGCACGUGCCCCAGUUGUGUGCUAGAGCCAAG